UGCGCGCAGGGCGUGGCGGCCAUUUUGUUUGGGGCCGUGAGCGGGAGUUGGGGGCUGCGUCUCUGGUGGCACGGAAGGACUGCAAGACCGGGCAACCCGGGCAGGCCGGGCGAGAGGGCGGACCGGCCCAGCGCACAGUCAGCCAGCCCGUCACAACGAACUAACCGAGCCGCCUCCUGCCCAUACAGAUAACCAACUGCCAACCCAGCGAGCCCGAGCCCUUCCGUCCAGUCAGGUCCGGCCGGCCCCGGCCUGCCCGCCGCAGCCGUGCUGGCAGCCCCGAGAGGAGCUCUGGCGUCCGUCUCCUUCGAUUCUCGGGAUUUGAAGAUGGCUGCACAGUCAGCUCCGAAAGUUGUGCUCAAAAGCACCACCAAGAUGUCUCUAAAUGAGCGCUUUACUAAUAUGCUGAAGAACAAACAGCCGAUGCCAGUGAAUAUUCGGGCUUCGAUGCAGCAACAACAGCAGCUAGCCAGUGCCAGAAACAGAAGACUGGCCCAGCAGAUGGAGAAUAGACCCUCUGUCCAAGCAGCAUUAAAACUUAAGCAGACUUUAUAUGCAAGUCCGGACAGUGGCUGUGGAAGGAUAUGUCCAAGCUGUGGCUGGGCGUCCGGAGGGCGGUGCCAUGCAACUAAGAGUUUAAAGCAGCGCCUGGGUAAGAGUAACAUCCAGGCACGGUUAGGCCGACCCAUAGGGACCCUGGCCAGGGGAGCAAUCGGAGGAAGAGGCCUGCCCAUAAUCCAGAGAGGCUUGCCCAGAGGAGGACUACGUGGGGGACGUGCCACAAGAACCCUACUUAGGGGCGGGAUGUCGCUCCGAGGUCAAAACCUGCUCCGAGGUGGACGAGCCGUAGCUCCCCGAAUGGGCUUAAGAAGAGGUGGUGUUCGAGGUCGUGGAGGUCCUGGGAGAGGGGGCCUAGGGCGUGGAGCUAUGGGUCGUGGCGGAAUCGGUGGUAGAGGUCGGGGUAUGAUAGGUCGGGGAAGAGGGGGCUUUGGAGGCAGAGGCAGAGGCCGUGGACGAGGGAGAAGUGCCCUUGCUCGCCCUGUACUAACCAAGGAGCAGCUCGACAACCAGUUGGAUGCAUACAUGUCGAAAACAAAAGGACAUCUGGAUGCUGAAUUGGAUGCCUACAUGGCACAGACAGAUCCUGAAACCAAUGAUUGAAACUUACCUCCUCUGAGAGACUCUUGUUAAAGUCACCACAUCUGUACAUAAUCUUGAUGACAGCUGAAAAACCUGAUUGAUGCUGGAAGGACCUAUUACAAUAGGCUUAACUUGCCACCAGUUUGUGCAUUUAGUAUGUUCCUUUUACUUUUUUGAUACUGUGUUAUAUGAAAUUUUUUGUCUUUGACUUGGGUUUGUUUUUUUUUAUUGUUACUUGACUUUUUUUUUCUUUUACCUACACUUUAAACACAAAUAUGUUAGUUUUGUGACUCAUUUUCUUCCCACCUCUGCCCCCUUGUCUAACAUUUUUUCUGCUCGUAUCUCCACCUCCAAGACAAAAUCCCAGAGCCCAUCAGUGCUCCUUCCUGAUGCCUAGGUUUCUGGGAUACAACUGUUAUUAUACAUCAUCUUUAAUAGACUCUUAGAAGUUUUAGAAAAUCUAGAGUUUGAAAAUGC